UAAUGGUUGAUUCACUUGUGUCAUAAGGAGAGUUGACUGGGCCUGGCUACCCGAUGAUUAUGGUCAAAUUCCAAUAGGCGAUAUUCAAUUGUAUCAGAAAUUGGGGAUUUAGGGUUCUUCUGUCAGUUAAACUGUGAAAUAGCAGAAGUUCGGUAAUAUAAUUUCAUAAUUUGAAGCUGAAAAUUCUUUGCCAAAGAUGUCGAAGAAAAACAAUCUUGCUACUCGCAAGAGACAGCACGAUUUCGAUAUGCGAAGAGAAAAAGAGGAGAAAGAGAAAAAGGCGAAGAAGCUUCAUGCUAAUAAGAACAAAAUGAAGGUUGAUGGGAGUAAUAAGAAGAAAAAGAAAACUGGUAAAUUCUCAGUGAAGAAGAAAUUGAAGACCAAAUUGUCGGCGUCGGCGAAAGCUAAGGCUCAACAAGCUAUGGAGCUUGAUGAUUAAGGUUGUUAAUCUUGUUUCGGCAGGGGCACCCACAGAUAUCUCCCCUAUAGGCUCUGGGUGAUCAUGUGUUUUUUUUGGGAUUCAAUUAUCCAUUAUAAAGAUUCAAUGUGACUGCACCAAUUGUUUUGUUUUCUGUAGGCUGGAUGUAUUUAUCUUACUCUUCGCUGCUGUUAAUAGUCAUGGUCUUUCAAUAGAGAAAUGUAUGCGUAAUUUUCUAGAUCUUUCUGUUUAGUUAGAAGAUAUCGUUUUCAUUUACCCUCAAUUUUCUUCAGCGUUGUCAAUUAUAUCCAGACAUAUGAUUACAUUUCCUUUUCAUGUCUAAUACUAUAGCAAUGCAGAGUAAUUUAGCUAUGAAGUAUUUACAUAAA